AUGGGGCCGUCUUGGCUGUGGCUGCUGGGGGCAGGAGUCCUGGUCUGCCAGCCCUUUCCUGCACAUGGAGGUAAGAAUUUGGUUCUGCCGCAGGCCCCCAGUGACCAGCUCCCGGGGCCAGUCCCGGCCUACCACAAGGUCACACCCACCAUCACCAGUUUUGCCUUGCGGCUGUACAAGCGGUUGGCAGCAGGGGACCCCGGCAACAUCUUCUUCUCCCCUGUGAGCCUCUCCGCCACCCUGGCCCUGCUCUCUCUCGGGACCCAGGCAGACACUCAGACUCAGAUCCUGGAGGGUCUGGGCUUCAACCUCACCGAGACUGCAGAAGCUGACCUCCACCGCGGCUUCCAAAGCCUCCUCCUCACCCUGGACCUGCCCAGCCCCAAACUCGAACUGAAAGUAGGCACCUCCCUUUUCCUGGACAAGCAGCUCAAGCCGCAACAGGGGUUUCUGGACAGCAUUAGGGAGCUGUACGGAGCGCUUGCGUUCUCAGGCAACUUCACAGAGUCGGCUGAGAUGAGGAGGCAGAUCAAUGAGUACGUGAGAAAACGAACAUACGGGCGAGUGGCCGGCUGCCUGCAAGACUUCAGCCAAGACACGCUCUUGGUUCUCUUGAAUUUAAUCUUCUUCAAAGCCAAGUGGAAGCAUCCUUUCAAUCGCUACCAGCUCCAGAAGCAAGGCAGCUUCCUUGUGGAUGAGAGGAGCGCUCUCCGGGUCCCCAUGAUGCACCAGAAGGCGAUGCACAGGUUUCUCUAUGACCAGGAGCUGUCUUGCACCGUCCUCCAGAUAGAAUACAGCGGGAACGCCCUGGCCCUGCUGAUCCUCCCCGACCCCGGGAAGAUGAAGCAGGUGGAGGCAGCGCUGCAGCCGGAGACCCUGCGGAAAUGGGACCAGCUGCUCCAGCCCAGUCUUCUGGAUCUUCAUCUGCCCAAGUUUUCCAUUUCUGGAACAUUCAACCUGGAAGAGAUAUUGUCCCAAAUUGGCCUUCCCAACAUAUUCAACUCAGAAGUGGACUUUUCAGGGAUCACUGGGCAGCUCAACAAAACCAUCUUCAGGGUGUCACAUAAAGCAGCGAUGGACAUGAGUGAGAAGGGGGUAGAGGCUGCGGCUGCCUCGGGCAUUCUCUCCCAGCCCCGGGUUCUGAACACAACGACAGCAACUCACGCUCAUUUCAACAGGCCUUUUCUGCUGCUCAUCUGGGAUGUGACCACCGGGAGCUUGCUUUUCCUGGGAAAGGUCAUCAACCCAGCUGCUGGGUGA